AUGAGCCUGAUGGACAUCAACAAGAUGUUCUCCCUGCUGCAGCCCAGGGAUGACGAGGAGGACAGCGGGGAGAGCGAGGAGCUGAGCCGGGCGGUGAGCCAGGAUGACCACGAGGCUCUGGCCGGGCUCCUGUCGCAGGACAGGUACCGCAGGCUGAUCAACCGGCGGAGCGGCUGGGGCGUGCCCAGCACCCCCCUGCGCCUGGCGGCCUCCCGGGGCAGCGUGCGGAGCCUGCGGCUGCUGCUGGAGCACGGAGCGCUCGUGGACAGCCUGGACGUGAAGGCGCAGACCCCGCUCUUCGUGGCGGUCAGCAACGGGCACGGCGAGUGCGUGCGGCUGCUGCUGGAGGCCGGCGCCAGCCCCGCGGGCAGCGCCUACAACAACUGCUCGCCGCUGCUGCUGGCGGCCCGGGACGGCCGGGCGGGCAUCGUGCGGCUGCUGCUGGAGCACGGCGCGGAGCCCAACGCGCGGGCCCGCCUGCCCGAGUGGGCGGCCAACACCGCGGCCUGCUCGGGCCCCCUCUACCUGGCGGCCGCCUACGGGCACCUGGAGUGCUUCCGCCUGCUGCUGCUGCACGGCGCCGACCCCGACUACAACUGCACCGAGCCGGCCGUGCUGGCGCAGAUCCGCGAGCCCAAGACGCUGCUGGAGACGUGCCUGAGGCACGGCUGCCGCGCAGACUUCAUCCGCCUGCUCAUCGACUUCGGGGCCAACGUGUACCUGCCCGGUGUGCCCCACACGGCCGGGCCGGGCCCGCGCAGCGAAGGGCUGGAGCUGCUGCUGCACGCCAGAGCUCAUCCCAAAUCCCUGCUGUCCCAAUCCCGGCUGGCCAUGAGGCGCCUCCUGAAGCAGCCCAGCUGCUCGGCCACCCUCGGAGAGCUGGAGAUUCCCACAGCCCUGGCCAAAUACCUGCAGUACCAGCUGUGA